UCACCGGGGUGCUUAGCUGCUAAGAUAAAACUGAAGUGACGAAGGAAGGAAGGAAGCAAGUCGUAGAAGAAAGUGACCAACGAUCCAUCCAUCCAACCCUUCCAAAGACCAAGAUGAUGAUGAUAGCUUCUCCUCUACUAUUAAUACCCCUUCUACUUCUCCCUCCUCAUCUCAUUCAUUACUCACUCUUUUACUCUUCUUGACAAGAGUAGAACAACAACAACAUCAUCAUCAUCUAUCACACACACUAUCAGGGCAGGUGAUCGAAUAGCUAGGAAGCAAGCAAGCAGAGAGUAGUAGAUCGAGUGAUCGGAGGAUGGGGUCGCGGUACGAGGUGGAGGUGACGGUGUCGUCGGCGCGGGACCUCAAGAACGUCAACUGGCGCAACGGCGACCUCAAGCCCUACGCCGUGCUCUGGGUCGACGACGGCGCCAAGUGCUCCACCCGCGUCGACCUCGACAACGCCGACAACCCCAACUGGGACGACAAGCUCACCCUCCCUCUCCCCCCCUCCUCCCGCCUCGACGACGCCCUCCUCUACCUCGACGUCGUCCACGCCAACGCCGCCGAGGGCGUCAAGCCGCUCGUCGGCUCCGCCCGCCUCCCGCUCCGCGACGUCCUCGACGACGCCGGCGUAGGCGCCCGCGUCUCCCGCUCCCUCCGCCUCAAGCGCCCCUCCGGCCGCCCCCAGGGACGCCUCGACCUCCGCCUCGCCGUCCGCGAGUCCGCGCGCUACUACGACCCCUCGCCCUACCCGGCUCCCUACGGCCAACCCGCCGGAACACGCGACCCCUAUGGCGCCCCGCCUCCGGCCUACAGCUCCGGCUCAGGCGGGCAGUACCCGUACGGUGGUGGCUACGGCUCAGGCGGGUACGCGGCGCCGCCGGCAGGGUACCCGAGCGCCUACGGGGCGCCGCCACAGCCAGCGUACGGCGGCGCGCCUCCUGUGGCGGCGUACGGUGCAGCAGGUGGGGCGCCGGUGGUUGUGGAGGAGACGAAGAAGAAGAGCAAGAUGGGGAUGGGGACAGGGCUGGCGGUGGGCGCGGCGGCGGGCGUGCUGGGAGGGCUGGCGCUGGCCGGCGGCGCGAGCUACCUGGAGGACAAGUUCGAGGAGGGCGUGGCGGAGAAGGUGGAGGACGAUCUCGACAGAGACGACGACUACGCCGCCGGCGGCUACGACGACGACUAUUAAUUAAUUCCAUUUUCAUUUUAUUCAUCCAACCACACCACGCCUAUCCCUGCACUUCAAAGUUCAAACUCAUCCUAAUAUAACCGAAUAAUAAUACCUAUACUUACUAUUACCUCUUUUUAUAUGAUACUCCAAUAAUUGAGAAACACAAAUUAAACAAGAGUAAUAAUCAAUUUUUGGUUUAGAAAACAACUCAUUAUUCAUGCUGAUGAUGAUGUGUUGUUCAUUUCUUUUUCAUUCAAGGGGGGAAAAAAGAAUCUUUCUCCUCGCCAAGAAAGAGAGAUGUUGAUGAACAAUAUUUAUAUCAGACCGAUCCAGUGUGGAUUUGGACAUUCCUGCACUGUCGUCUAUCGGUGUGGAAUUGUCUAUAAAAUACUCCAUCUAUUUCUAAAUAUUCAAUACCGUUUAUUUUUCUAAAUAUGUUUGACCGUUCGUUUUAUUUAAAAAAAAUUAAGUAAUUAUUAAUUCUUUUCC